AAACCGCAAAUAGUGAAACGAUACACGCCAAUAUAUUAUGGCAUUAGCAUCAUAGUGGAAGAAAGGCAUCAUAUAGAGGGAGGGACCAUGGGCCGGAUGACAUUGACGAUGGCGAAUGCGAUUUGUACAUGGUGGCAUUACAACAACAACACGGGUGGAAGUAACAACAAACGAUCGUUUAAUUUCAAUUAAAAACAUUUUCCUUGUGCGCAGCCCAAAAGCCAAAAUAUAAAGGACUCAGCGGCGGAAAUGGAGGUGGAGUUGAUUUUUGGCACAGGAAUACGCACACUUGCUACAGGCUGCUUAGCUUGGCUUAGUGCUCUGGUGAUUGCGAGGACAUGAUGUUGCACUUGCCGAGCAACCACCAGGACGCACCAGGACCUCGAAAAGGGAUGCCAAAUGAGCCGGGGGGUUGAGCCGGCAAAGUGCGUAGCUAUGUCGAGGCCAUAGCCGGUGCCGGACUGGAUUCUGGGCUGGGAAUUCUUGCACUUGCCGCCAGCCGUGCCAUUGUGACACUGCAAGGCCGUGGCAAAUCCAAAAAAAAUCCAAAAAUAAGGGAGCAGGAUGCGGAUGCGGAUGCGAAUGCGGCGUAGUAUUUAAACGCCGGCCGACAUCCAAUUGGAACGCAGAAUCGAAUUCGAACGCGCACGAUGCACACGACAGCUCAACUGGAUAGUCUGGAGCAGAAGCGCUCAGCCAGCCUGAUAUUUCGGAUCGAGCAGCUGCUGCCCAGCACCAGCAUCUCACCGAGCACCAUGACGAGCACCUCACCGACGGAGACCACAUUGACUGCCACCACGAGUGCGGCCAGUCCAGCGAAGAGGAUGAGAAGCAAUUCGCGACCAGGUGUUUACACCACGCAAUACACACCCAAGGAUACUUGUUCGAUCGCCAUUCCCACUUCGGCUCUGCUGAGCUCCACGGCCACGCCCACGGAUGGCGGACGAUCGCACUGCCAGUUGUCCAAUGGCGAGCUGAUCGUGUCUGCCGCCCAGCUGCGCCAGAUCAAACUCUCCGAGGAUGUCUACAGCUUCAACGCCAUCUUCGAGCUGCACGGCGGUCAGGCGGUGCGAGUGCGCCUGGUGAGGGAUGUGGCCAGGGACGACGAGAUCGUGGUCUGGUUCGGCGAGGAGCUGGUUCUCCUCAUGGGAAUUCCAUUCCUGACGCCCUUGAAUAUUCAAGGAAACAGCCGGUACACCUGUCACUCGUGCCAUCUGACCUUCGAGACGCCGCAUCCGCUGAAGAUCCAUUUGGCUCUGGGCUGUGGCCGCAGUGCCAUGGACAUCCUGUGGAUGCGACUGCACUACGCUCUGAAGGCGGCGUCGAGAAGUCAAACAGCCACCCAGCACUCGCCCAUUCCGGCGACCUCAUCCACCUCCUCGGCCUCGCCCACCCACUCGCCACCGCCCCACAUGCCACCGCGCUUCUCCGCCUUCCGCCCGAUUGCAGCACUUACCCAGAGUCUGCCCAUGACAACGACGACAAGUACUUCGGGAACGCUGUCCUAUCUGCCCUCCAUUUCGAUGGCUACCGCUCCUUUGGCCGCCCAUCCGAUGAACGCGGCUGCACAGAUCGAAGCCAUAGUCAGUAACAUGGGUGCCUCCAAGCAGGGUCACCUGUGCAUCUACUGCGGCAAGGUGUACUCCCGGAAAUACGGCCUCAAGAUCCACAUACGCACCCACACCGGAUUCAAGCCGUUGAAAUGCAAGUUCUGCCUGCGACCGUUUGGCGAUCCGAGCAAUCUCAACAAGCACGUCCGGUUGCACCUGCAGACGCAUCCCAGCGGUUCCACGGGAGGAGCGGAAAGUGCAACCGGCGGUACCGGCAGCGAUGUGGACAUUGAGGGGGAAACGGAAGCGCGGUUCCAGUGCCAUUUGUGCCACAAAUCCCUACCACGUCGCAGGGAUUUGCAGCGACAUAUGGAAACGCGGCACCGAGGAUCACAUUCCCAUUCUCACUCCCAAUCCAGCACCACCAGCACUACCACAUUGGCCAUGGAGACGGUGACCACUUCAAAUCCAGCUGAGUUCCGGGGAAAAUCUGUGUGGUACGCUUUGUGGGAAACCGCUGACAAUUAA